UCGGUUAAGAAACACGCGCGUGUAACUCCGUUCACUGGUAUCAAUAAACGAAGGUUCGCAUCCUUCCGCGGUCCUUCAGGGAUAUCUCCACCAAGUUCCAGUUGUUUUGUAGUGACCCGUGCUUCGUCAACGCAGGUUACGUCAGUUAUUCUACAUACCACGGCCAGUUCGCGCGUAUAUCACUCGCAUCCGGUUCCUUUGAUUAAUGAUCCUCGCUUGACAGGUCGAUCUACAAAAGUCAAAUCGGACGCGCCUUUCAGAACCAGAUGAUGCGGAUAACUCCUGAAACAAGGAUCUAGCAGUAACGUCAUAACAAACCAGGAACAAGUGAUACAAAGUGAAAUUAAGUGCUUUUACUUCGGUGACCAACACUUCUACACACACAAAUAUAGUGCCGUAUUUUAACGAAUUCAACGUAAAAAGGCUGUACAAAGAUAUCAGUCGAGUUAAUAUAGAGUGUAACAAGUGCGAAUAAGUUGAUACUGCACAGUACAAGUGAGAAAGUAUCGAGUGUGGUGUCUACGCAAGAAGCUAAACUCAAAGAAAAUAAAUUAUACCUAAUCGUCUGACAGUUUUGUAGUAAAUCUCUUGCAUAAUGUCGAGCAAGUAUAAGUGAUUCAUGUGUAUUAGCUCGAUCCGUGUGCAUUACAAUAUUUUAAUUACAACUGCCAAGAGUGAGGGAAACAGUGAUCGAGAAAAACAAGAUAUCGAGUAGAAGAGAAGGGUAAAACACGAAGAUCGUAGGUGAGAUCAUACCUAAAUAAAGCAGUUGUAUACAAGAACACGAACAACGAUCGCGCAAACAAAAUAGUGAUUCGCUUGAAUCAUCUGUCAAAGCCUACUAUUAAAAGUGACAUCAACCGUAGCUGUCAGAAGUGCAAGCUUUGUCAAAAUUAUCACCAAUCAGUCGACGUCACGGGCAGUCGCUUCGAGCUCCGCCAACAAACCUGCAUCGUCGGUGACAACCGGAGCUGUAACAACGUCCACAACCAAGAUGAGAAUAAAGCGUGAAUCGACCUGCCUAGGUCUACGGCUCCUGCCUGCCAAGCUUACAAUCCACAAUCCGCACAAACGGCACAAAGAUACCUGCGAUGAUUCAUCGAUCACGCCGGGGACCAGAAUCCCGCUUGCACGCAGCUGUUCCAGCCCGGCCGUUUCCUAUGACAUCGAAUCGCAUCCCGCAUCGCCCGUGUUUCCACAUCUUCUGCUCGGUAACGGCCGGGACGCCAUCGACCCAUCAACCGUCGGAGCCAACUGCGUACUGAAUGUCACCUGCCAACAACCCGCAGCCAGUCUGCUGAAACCGGGCCUGGAGUAUAAGCAGAUCCCAGCCAGCGACACCCCGCACCAGAACAUCAAACAGUACUUCCAGGAGGCCUUCGAAUUCAUUGAGGACGCCCGGAAAAGAGGUUCCACCGUGUUGCUGCAUUGCCAAGCCGGAAUCAGUCGUAGUGCGACGAUCGCCAUAGCCUACGUCAUGCGUUACAAGGCCGUCUCCCUGCUGGAAGCGUACCAAAUGGUAAAACUAGCCCGUCCAAUCAUUUCGCCGAACCUCAACUUCAUGGGCCAGCUGCUGGAGCUGGAGCAGAACCUGAUCGCCGACGGAAAGCUGGAACCUCCGCCUCCUUCGCCAGUUGCACCACCAACCCAGCCGCCAUUCUUUCUAAUCAAUCACUGCAGCAAAUUCAGCCAACACGACGAGGAAAUGGACAACGAAGACGACCGCAGCGAAGACAACAAGAACAACAAUAACCGGGAUAGUGGCUGCAGUACCGCUAGCAGCAGCAGCACUAGUUCCGGCAACAGCAUCCACAGUGCCACCAGUCGGUACAGCAGCCACGGAAUCAAUGGCCGAUGUCCACCUCGGUUAACGUUGAAGCUACCGACUUCACCCCCAUCGUCACCAUCUUCGCUCUCGUCACCCUCCUCACUGUCGUCCUCUUCCUCAACACCCUCACCCACUCAGUCGCUGGCACCAGUCCCCGCAACGCCCGUCUGCAUGGUUGCACCUCGGCCGUUUCCCAUCUCGAGCAGCUGCUCCGGCAGCAGUUCCAACGUAAGGUCCGGCCGCACGAAUUCCAGUUCAUGAUUCGGCUUAAGCUAGCUAGAUGUAAUAUUUUCGUCCCCUAUUAUUCUACCACCUAUUUAAAGUGUGAUACAAAUUUUAAAUACAAACAAUAGAGCUAAUUUAUACAUGCGCCCUUCAAAGUGUAAAUAGUAGCCCGUAAGCAAAUCGGCUUUCCUCUGUUAGCAUAAUCAGUUUUUGCAUUGUGAGAAGUGUGUUGAUAUGUUCAUAGAAGAAAACCAAGAAAGUCUAUAUCCUCUUCGUUAAAGAAUCAUUAAUUCAUAUCAUCAUGGUUUGCAAAAGAAAAAAAAAUGUUACAAAAACAGCGCUACUCUUGAUUGAUGCAUUUAUAGCGUCAUAAGUCGCCCGAAUGUUGCGACAGGCAGCAUCAGCCGCCGCAUACACUUUUUCGACAGCCACGUGCGCCAACUGCUGCCAUCGGAAGCAUCCAAAACAUCUCCUUCUUGGUAUGUUUCCAUUCAUUUUUUUGUUUCGUUUUUCUUAGGUUCUUUCUAAACACCGUAGCCGUAAGACACUCCUAUAUCUUUAGGAAGCAAUUCUAGUCUCAUUUACCUUUUAAGUUCACUAAGCCAAGUUUAAUAUGCUAAGAAACCGUAGGUUUACACAACACAACUACAGAAGUCAUCGUCAGACUAUUUAAAAUUUCACCGCGGAGACGACUUUUUACAAACAAAACAACAAGUGCGAGCUCAGCAAUCACAUUUGUAUCCAAGCUUGAAAUAAAAAAAAUAAAAGAAUUUAAAACUCGGUCAAUAAAGGAUGAAAUUGCGUGAAAGUUAAAGAAAAGGCUGUGUUAAAUGUUAAUCAAAUCUACAAAACGUAGCUGUAAGACGAACAAGUGCGCCGAAUUUGCACGCUAUUUUUUUCUGUCCAUAGCUUGAUCCUCACUUUUUGAUUCGAAAACCAAACAUAUCCUUUCUCGAUUUUCGCGUUCAAACGGAAAAAAAGGACCGCAGCAGAUAAUGUGUGACUGUACCUGUUUGUGCUUUUGGAACAAUUAACUUUAGUGCUCUGCUGCUCCACGACGUUCCCGCAAAUGUUUUUUAAAUUUCCUAACUGUGAGUGCAAUUCCUUUCCAUGCAUUUUGGAAUAAUGAAACCAAGGCUAAAACUUGCUUUCACAGGCAGAUUAGAUAUGUACAAUAGAAGCACACGUUAAAUAUUGCACCCGAUUAAAAUGAUGGAACGAUGAGCUAAACAGAAAAGCAAGCGACAAAUAACUAUACAAAUAAUAUUUAUAUAUCACGAAAUAGAAAACACUUUCUAAAGUUAUCAGUUAAAUUAUUUAAACUUCGUAGUUCUUAAGGAAGUAAACAUUCAUGUGUAAAUACAGGAGGAGAGUCGACAGUAAAAAAUAACACAAAAUUGAAAAAUUUA